CGGUGCCAGUAUUAUGUCACUGCUGGUAGGCGUGUCCUAAUCACAUGACAGCUGAAAUCCCUCACACAACGCAGAAGACUAGAGAAGUGGCGGGCACGGGAUGGAGUCGCUAUGGGUGAAGGGCCCGGGGUCCCUGUCGGUGCAGGAUGUGUACAACAUGGCGGUGUGUCUGGGCUCAGAACUGCAAACGCUCACGGAGCAGUAUGGGCCGGACGCGGUAUCCGGUGUAGUGCCGCAAGUGGUCCGUGUCCUGGAGUUGCUGGAAAGCUACGCGGGGGGUUCCGGGAGGGAGAGGAGCUGCACUGAGGAAGAAUUGCUCAUCAGAGCCGUGCACAGGUUGCAGUUCAGCAGCAGAGAGGAGCCGGCUCCGGCGGAGCAGCUGCUUGAAGCCCAGAAGAAGGAGCAUGUUCUGCAGAAUCAGCUGUCCCAGCUCACAGAAGAGAAUCAGAAACUUCUUGGGCAGUUGGCUGAGCGCAAGUCAAAAGAAGACUGUGCUGUGAGAGAGGAGCGGGACCUGAUGCUUCAGUUGAAGAAGGUAGUGGACAUGCAGCGGGACCAGAUUCGUGCCCUGACUCAUGAAACCACACAGAAAAACAAGGACACAGAAGCGUUGCAGGAACAAUUGGACAGGUUUAUGAAAAUGAAUGAAGACUUGCGCCAUAAAAUGUCUGUGCUCCAAGCCCAGCUGAAAAGCUCUUUGCAGAGAAAAACUGAACUGGAAACCUUGCUACAGGAAAGGCAGAAAGAAAAUGAUACUGUGUCUAAAAGCAGCGUUGUAGCGCCUGGUAUCACAGACCGUAAUAUGAACACAACAUUAUGUGCCACUCUACCUGCAUCAAAAGAGGAUUCUGUAUCUAGCCAGCCAUGUUUCACGAAGGAGGAGGUAAAGCAGAUAUUACAGGAACGCAAUGAAUUGAAAACAAACCUGUUCCUUGUGAAUGAGGAAUUGCAGUAUUUUCAGAGGGAGUUGCUGAAUGAUGAGAGGAUGCCAAGUCUCUUGUUGCGUGGAAUUAAAUCUGCCAUAAGAAAGCAACGGAAAAAGAUCAAGGUCAAAAUGUUGGGAAUCACAGAGUCUGCAACCAGCAGUGAUGACGAGGAUAACACUUGGAUGCAGACAGCUGGCACAGACUGUGUGGAUUCUAAGCCUCCAGAUUCCAAAAUCAAGAGUUUGUUUGGCACGUGGUACAGCAAGCAGACAGAUGAUACAGCACCGUGGGAGAUUAUUAGUCCAAAGGAAAUCAACCAGGAACAAAAGGGGGAAACAUCUAAUGAAAAUGACUGACUUUGAUAAUUACUCUAUUGACUUGUACUGAAAUCCUAAAUUCUUGUAUUUAUGAUGAACAACUGUAGCUCCAAGAGAUCUGUUCUAAUCUGCCUCUGAACGUGAUUAAAUGUGAUCUUACCAACUAUAGGCAAAUCCCAUCAUGCCCUUCAACAGUGGGUGGCCCAGGGUCACAGAUUACUCCCACAACAUGUGAAAAAUGUAUAUAAAUCUACCCACUUAAAAAAGAGGAAAUAUAUUUUUCUAACACUAUUUUAUUACAAAUACCUUUUAUGAGUUUUUUAAUGAAAAAACAAAUGAUGUACAGUAAUAAUUGCAAGUGUAUGACCUAUAUAAAAUGUAUAUUUCUACCGUGUACACCUGUCUCAGAUACACCAGAAAUAAACUGAUACUUGCAAGGUA